ACAAGUGGGAACUCAUCGAUCGACAUGCUCUUCAAUUUCGUCGUGAAAUAGAAUCAUCUAUAAUGAAAAGAUCACUUAAAAACAGAAUCUACUCGAUAAGCGAAGAUUAUUUGAGUUCACGACUAAAUCAUCUGUCAUUCGCUGACUGUAUACGAUACUGGUUUCAAAGAGCACGUAAAAGUUCGAAAUGUUAUUCAUUAUCCAACAAAUGGUUGAAGCAAAUUUUGUUGUGAAUGCUUAUAUUCAACUGAAGACGGUACUAAAUCCAUUGUUACUAUCCUCUUAUAUCAUCCGCAAUUUCGAAGUUUAAAUUUUGUUGGCCAAGUAUAUUGAGGUUUAGUUAUUAAAGAAUCGAGUUUUUCUCAUUAUAAAGAAGGAUCUCGCAUUAUUACAGCAACCUCUCUCUCGACUUCAAAAAAUUAUGAAGUAGCCGAAUGUUUCAGCGGACAAUAUAAUGUAUCGUCGCAUACCGAUGAUAUAUCCGUCUUGUGUAUAUACACAAUCAAAAAUGAAAAUUGUACAGCAUUUUACAUUGUUGAAUAUUCAGAAUUUCCCGAUGAAGAUGAAGUUUUAAUUCUACCUUAUUCACCAUUUCAAAUUACGAAAAUAGUAAGAAAUGAUCAACAACGGCGAACUGAAAUACAUUUAGAGGAAUGUGAUGCAGCAGCAUUACUUACCGAAACAUCUUUUCGACCAAAUAAAAUUGGCAAAAUAUUUGAUAAUGGUAAUAAUGUAAAAAGUAAUAUGGAAGAAAUAAAUGAACGUCGUCUUGAAUCAUAG